UACCAGGUCUGCCAACAGUCUGGCGACGUGUUUCCGUGGUCGGUAUGUCUUCUCUCUGAUUUCAAUCAAUUAUAUGAUUCAUUAUCUGAAUAACUCACAAAGAUUUUUAACGACACUUUAAAAGUAUUCAGACGAAAUACAAACGAUUCCAUACAAGGUUUUUGUUUGAUUUAAUUGCUUCCGGCAUCGACGUCGGAUGUGGUGCAUUUUUCGGAAAAAUACACGGUGUACUUCUCUUUGCUAACCAAACAGUUUAUGGAACAGUUUACCAACGUAUAUAACCUCUAAAAUCGCUUCUGUCAAGUUUACUAUUCUGUUUGAGUUUACGUGGAUUUUUCGCGAAAACUCUCGAAAUGUCAUCUGUCAAAUUGCUGGAAGACAGAAUUGCUGAUUUGGAAAAGCAAGUGUAUGGGCUUGGCAACAUGAUGAGUAUCGACGAUCCAACACCGUCAAAUCCUAUUGUCGACCAACUCAUAGAUAUCAAUUCAUUAAUUAGCUCGGCGUUGUCAGGCAGAGAAAAACCGAAUGCGGUUAUUAAGCGUUUGCCAGAGUUAAACAGUUACUUGGAACCAACUUCUGAAGAUGUUGAUAUGCCCGCAAGUGCCAAAGCACAGUUAUUGUUGACAAUGGAGUCAGAAAUCAUGGAAAAUCAUAAACUGCUAGCCAAAGUACAGGAACUUGCUCCUGUGUUGGAAUCAGAACGUAUCAGAAAUGCACCUGAAUUAAAUAAUAAACUCAACAAGAUAUCACUGACGUAUCUCGAAGCUUAUGAGGAUUCUAAAGAGCUGAGUACCGAUGUACACGAAUUACUAUCUAAAUAUAAUGCAGUUAUAAAUAGUAUAUCAGAAUCAUUAAUUAUUCUAGAUAAUGCAGUCACAGCUGCAGAAAUUGCAGCUAAACCAAAGAAACAAACAGAUUAAUGAGAUAAUUGUUCAGUUUAUUUAAGUGUCAAUUAAUUUAUCAUAAUUUUAGUAUAAUUAAUUUUAAUGUAAGCAUAUUUUAACGCAAGUUAAUAUUUCAAAUUCUGCUUUAAUUUUCUAGUGCAAAUUCAUUUUUAUAUUAUCUUUUAACUUAUUUAUUAUAAAAAAGUGUUUUAUAAGCGAAUUGGUCAGUAAUAGAAAAAAAAUAUUAGACUUGUUUAAAAUACAUUUAUUUAUUAUUUUUACUUGAAAUAUAAGAAUACGCAUUCGUCAAUGAGUACGUACAUAUAUGUGAACAUACUAACUUUGUUGUUUAAUCUCUAUAACAAUGUAUUUUAUUAAAAAAUAGUUAUAUAUUAUAUACAUUUAUUCUAUCUACUGCUUAGGUUUAUCCAUGGUUCAUUUCAGAAAUCCUUGCUUAGGAUCUCUGAGACAAACUGUUGAUUUGUAUAUAAUCAGACAUGCAUAUGUAUCGGUCUCUUGUAUUGAAUAAUUAUUUUAUAAUUGAUGUAUAUAUGAUGCGUACUAGAAAUAUUUCAAAUAUCACAAAAUUAAUUUUUAAUUCGAUUAGGGCAGCAAUAAAUUUCGUGUAACUGUAGUAAAUAAGUCGCAAUUUUAAACGAAAAAAAUGUAGAAAAUGUAUCUUUAAGAGACCCGUGACACUAAUAAAUUCUUAUACCACAUUAUUCAUAAUAAACAAUUGCUUUAUACAGUA